AGCAUGGUGAUCAGUGGUGCGCUAGAGGACAUGUACACUGAUCUUCAGGGCACUGAUGAUCAGUGUGCCCUGAUGAUCAGUGUAGCCCCAGCAGUGCCACCUGUCAGUGCCCAUCAAUGCCAGCUGUCAGUGCUCAUCAAUGCCACCUGCCAGUGCCCAUCAGUGCCUCAUCAAUGCCACAUAUCAGUGCCUACCAGUGCACAUCAUUGCCACAUAUCAGUGCCCAUCUGAGCUGCCUUUCAGUGCCAACUAUCAGUGCCAGUCAGUGCCACCUAUCAAUGCCAGUCAGUGCCACCUAUCUGUGCUGCCAAUCAGUGCCGCCUAUCAGUG